CGUCGUUGUUUAUGGAGUCGUCCUCCUAACUCCUACACUGUCUUCUUGCGUUGUCUGUUGCUCAGGGAGCAAUUGGUCAAGCAAGCCGCCCACUGCACACUCGAUAUUCUCCCGCAGCGGUGAGCAUUGUUUUGUUUCGCUUGCUCACAGUAUACCUUGCACACGAGGUAAACAUCGCCCUGUUUCCCACAUAACACCAACAAUAAGACCAUACGCAACCUCUUGGAGACUGCUCAAGAGGCACGACAAUAUGGAUGCUAAGCCACAACGCCUUCGCGUCCGUGCGGACGAGAAUGCCCCUAUUGCUCACCCUGGAAAGACUAUCCAUCAGCGAAAUAAAUCUACUCCAGCGUUGUCGUCGGCCUUUCAAAAUGUUACUGCUAAGAAUGGACCCAAACGCGCCGCCUUUGGGGACCUCAGCAAUAAAGCCAAUCUCGUUCGUUUGGCCUACGACGACUCCUCUCUUGCGGGCAAGAACCAAAAGCGUGGAUUGGAGAAGCCAUUGGCUCAGGAUAAGAAGCCAGGGAUUCUGUCGCAGCCUGCUCAGCGUCAUGUGCCGGGAGCCGGUCUAAAGAGCGCUUUGAACAAUGUAACCAACUCAAGGCCUGCUGAGUCCUCCGGAAAGACCACCGGGGCGCCACAACCGUCGGCUAAUACGCGGAAAGUUUUGAACAAAAGAGCGAACGCGGUAUUCAAAGACCCUUUGCAACAGUCGGUAGAAACGAAGGGAACUGCAUCCAAGGAAACCAGAACCGGAAAGACUGAUGGAGCUCCGGCCUCCCGUCCGUCGGUUAAGCUAGUACACAAAGUUGAGCCUGAACAAGACCCUACUCAAAAGGGGACACUGAAAGAUAGCUCCGUCAAGAUCAAAGAAGCAGACGAAUGCUCGGUCGUGAAGGCUGAUGUAACCUGUGCAAGUGAGAGCGAUGAAAGCAAGCCUGACGAACACGACAAUAAGGUGCAAGAAAUCAAAGAAGCUGCCGCUCGCGAAAUAUACGUAACUGCACCCGAAGUCCCCGAGAUCGGCCACCCCUCGCAGAAGGAUACUCAUGAAUCUGUUUCCAUUCCCCACGCGGGACACAACCAAAUGCGUGCUCCGUCGGAGCCAGAAGAGUACUGGGACGACGAAGAAGAUGAAAAUGAGGAAGACGAUGGCUACACAACUGCACGUUCCUACCGUUCUCGCGGCGACAAUACCACCGGCGGCGCAACCACCGUGCUCUUCCCGCAGUACAACCAACAAGUGAGGCGGGAACUCACGCUGGCAAAGCAAAUAGUGGAUGCCACCAGGACUGCCGAGGACAUUGAAGAUGAAUAUUGGGACACGAGUAUGGUAGCCGAGUACAGUGAUGACAUCUUCCAUUAUAUGAAGGAACAAGAGAUUAAGAUGCUACCAAACGCUCAUUAUAUGGAUAAUCAGGCGGAGAUCCAGUGGUCCAUGCGGUCGGUUCUCAUGGAUUGGCUCGUCCAGGUUCACCAUCGUUUCUCGCUGCUGCCAGAGACACUCUUCCUUUGUGUCAACUACAUAGAUCGUUUUCUUUCUUGCAAGAUAGUCUCUCUAGGCAAAUUGCAGCUGGUCGGCGCGACUGCAAUUUUUAUUGCUGCCAAAUACGAAGAGAUCAACUGUCCAUCAGUACAGGAAAUAGUUUACAUGGUCGAUGGCGGUUACACGAUGGACGAGAUCUUGAAAGCAGAGCGGUUUAUGCUGAGUAUGCUUCAGUUUGAGCUAGGAUGGCCUGGCCCUAUGAGCUUCCUCAGGAGGAUUAGCAAGGCAGAUGAUUACGACCUUGAGACACGAACCCUUGCCAAGUACUUUUUGGAGAUCACCAUCAUGGACGAACGAUUUGUUGGGAGCCCACCGAGCUUUUUAUCUGCUGGUGCUCAUUGCCUGGCGAGGAUGAUGUUGCGUAAAGGGAGCUGGACUCCUGCCCAUGUCCAUUACUCAGAAUAUACUUACCUGCAGCUGCUCCCGCUGAUCUCCCUUAUGCUCGAGUGCUGUGAAAAUCCGCGCAAGCACCACGCGGCUAUCUAUGAGAAAUACUCUGACAAGCGCUUCAAGCGUGCUUCCCUCUUUGUCGAGGCAGAGAUGAAGAAGGGAUUCCAUAUUCCAGACGUCCCAAAGGAGAACCUCGCUGUCGAUUCUGAACACAGCUGGAAACGGACCUUUCUCUAGGACAGCUACUCUACAGCUUGUCUGAUUUUUUCCCGUAACGUUUUCAAUCAACGAACCAGGCGUACCUUCAGAUACCCAUAUGCUCUUCUUCGGUUUUUUAAUGUUAUGCGCGCUUGAUCACACGCCAAAUGCUCGAGAACUCUACAGGAUUGCACAAUAGUGCCCUGCGGUCAAGAACUGUCCCUAGAAGGGGAAAUGGAUUUCUAACGCCAUAGCCUCUCUCUUCUAUUUUUUACUUUUGUUUCGUUUGACAGUUUGAGUGCUUUGCAUCCUCUUAUGUUGUCCAUAUCGUGGGUCCCACGGAAGCAUGUCUUCUAUGAAACCAAAUGGAGACCCAAAAUAGACGGAGUUCUUUUUGUCCUCAUUCCACUUCUUCUAUUCUCUUCUCUUGCACGCGUCGAUUUAUGAUGUUGGAUGAUACAAGAGACAUGAAACCAGUCUGGCCACGGAGCGCUUCUAAUGGCCCUGAAUCUGCUUAUGCAAUAAUCGCUCCUACGCCCCUUCAUCUCUUCUUUUACCUUUACCCUCUUACCAUGCUCUCUGUUACGUUACAUGAUCGAUUUCCUUUUAUACGACACUGGCUUUCGGAGUCCAUCAUUGUCAGAGUCAUCUUAUUGAAUUGCUUAAAAACCAAACGCCGGACUGGCUUUUCAUGAUUCUUAUUUCCUUUGUCUUUUGGGCUUUCCUUUUAUCAUAAUAACAUGGAUUACUAUCUGAGUGUUACGAGGAAUAGGAUAGGUUAGUCAUUAAUAGAGAUGAUUUCCUUUGUGAAUACGGGAGGUAAUGGAUUAAUA